AUGAAUGCCCCUGACCGCUAUGAGCGCUUCGUCGUGCCUGAGGGCACAAAGAAGGUGUCCUUCGAGAAGGAUACAAAGAUCAUGAAUGCUGCAUCUUUCACAAUUGAACGUGAGGACCAUACCAUCGGCAACAUCCUCCGCAUGCAGCUGCACAGGGACCCAAAUGUUCACUUUGCUGGCUAUAAGCUCCCUCACCCCCUUCAGUACAAGAUCAUUGUUAGGAUCCAUACUGCAAGCCAAUCCUCCCCAACGCAGGCGUAUACCCAAGCAAUCAAUGAUCUAGACAAGGAGCUCGAGAACCUGAAGCAAGCUUUUGAGGACGAGAAGACGCGAUUCGAAAGGAUGAAGCAGGGCUACUAGGCCGCUGGUGUUGGAUGCUAAUUAACGUGAAAUCCUUGCUAGUUUAUAUCUGAUGUCUGAACUGCGGUAGGAAAAAGAAAAUACUCAAGGAUUGUCGAUGAGUCUGAACUCGUAGAGCGUCUGCAUGUGCGACCGGGAUUGCGUAUGAUUGUAUGGUUGUUAAAUAUGCGUUGGCACUUGAUACGCCUGCUAGUUGAAUUGCUCGCUCUUGUGAGGUUGGAUAGAAGGUAUGGACCGAGUUUGAAGCUAGCCCUUGGAUCAUUUUGUACUGCAUGAAUUUUAUGCCGAUGUAUUGUAACAAACUUAAACAGACUGUUCGUCUCGUGGU